GGUGUAAGUGGAAGCAUCCCGUCAUCUGUAUUUCGGACGCCAGGAACGGCUUUGUUUGCUUCGCUCUUGUUGCUUGAUCAUGGACUAGCUGAUGUCAGUGACGACCUUCCCUCUCAGGAUUUCCUGGCUCCGAGGGGAGGUCUGACACGCUGAAUAAUGGAAGUUCGUUUUUCCGCUUUUCCUUCCGGUGACGAAGUCCUGUCACAGUCAACAUAAUCAAAUGGCUGCGUGCCAACCUCGGUCACUCGCUCGCCUUUUUGCCCGUGUUCCUUGGAGCUCCCCCCUUUUUUCUUCUGGUCUGCUUCUAGUCACCUUUUCUGGAGCUGUAUAACGCUGAUCCGGCUGAUCCGGCUCGUCGAACAUUGCCCGAGACCGAGUUGGUGCUCCCUUCGAUGUAUUUUGGCCCGAUUUAAGCUCUCUUGGUUUCGGCUCUAGGUGUCGCCGCGGGCUGUGUUGUGUCCCUGAGCCAUUCGCAGUCAACCUCGAUCGAUACCCGCGCGCCUCGUUUGCGUCACCACCAUUGCUUGUGUCGUUCUUGGGCGGCUCCCUCUUCUGGUCAACUGUUUUGGCGACUAUUUCAGUACACGAUUCCGAUCAUAGAGCCAGGGACAUCUUUCUUACAACGAGUCGAGUAUAUCGCAUAGCUAGGAGUCAAGAACCGCAGUCAUGAGAAGGGGGGCUGGCAUCAUCGCGGCGGGUGCAUUGUUUGCUGCGACUACGUUGGCACAACAAAAGGAUGGAGUGGUUCAAUGGGGCAUUCAGAGGCGACAACCGCCACCAGAAACCUACACCAGAGUACGGAAGCGCGCUUCGACGUUUGAGGAGAUCAUCACCAACGAGGAGGCCAGAGGAGGUUAUUUCGCUACCUGCAGGUUAGGAACGCCGGGUCAAGACCUCACGCUCCAGCUGGACACAGGAAGCAGCGAUAUCUGGGUUCCGGAUCCGACGGCAAAGGUCUGUUCUAAAUCUGGGACUGAGGGUUGCGCAUUGGGAACAUUUAAUCCCGACCGCUCUAGCACAUUCAAGGUUGUUGGACAGGGCGACUUUGACAUCAACUAUGUCGACGGCAGCUCUUCGAAGGGUGACUAUUUCACCGAUGUUUUCCAGAUUGGCGGCGCAACAUUACAGAACAUGACUAUGGGCCUUGGUGUCAACACAGACAUCGCUUAUGGACUGGUUGGUGUUGGCUAUGCGUUGAAUGAAGCCAUCGUGGGGACCACGCAAUCGACAGCUUCAGUUUACCCCAACCUCCCCGUCAACAUGGUUAAAGAAAAACUGAUUAACACUGUGGCGUACAGUUUAUGGCUCAACGAUCUAGACUCGAGCUCGGGUAACAUCCUUUUUGGUGGAAUUGACACCCAAAAGUACAAAGGAGAUCUUACACGCAUCAAUAUACUGCCAACGACGCAAGGGCUCUACACUUCUUUCGCUGUUGCCAUGACUUCCCUGAUAGCAGUCAGCCCUAGCGGCCAGGAUACGCUCACGUCGAAGGCCUUCCCUAUGCCUGUAGUUCUUGACUCCGGCACCACCCUCUCUUACUUGCCUACUGACCUUGCCCUGCAAGUAUGGAAGGAGGUUGGGGCUUUAUAUUCGCCUGAAUUUGAGCUUGCCGUUCUUCCAUGCGAUAUGCAAAACAGCGAGGGAUAUUUUUCGUUUGGAUUCGGCGGCCCCAGUGGUCCACAAAUAAAUGUGUCGAUGGAUGAGCUAGUCCUCGAUCUCACAUCUGGCCGAGCACCGGUCUUCAACACUGGCCCAUACAAGGGCAUGGAUGCCUGCGAAUUCGGGAUCCAGAACUUCAGCUCUGCUCCAUAUCUCCUGGGCGACACGUUUCUCCGAUCGGCGUACGUUGUCUACGAUCUCGUCAACAAUCAGGUAGGGCUUGCUGCCACCGACUUCAACUCAACCGAAAGCAACAUUGUGCCCUUCCCUAGCUUGAGCGCCCACAUCCCUUCGGCGACUAUUGCUCCAGACCAGAGUCAAGCGACCAUACGUCCGUCAGUCACCACACCGGCUUAUGCGGCCAGUGCUGGUUUCACGGACAGUGCGGGUGUAAACGGGUCCGAGAAUGCCGCGUGUGGUUUACCACCUGCUCUUGGAGUAGCACAGCUCUCGGUGGUGGGCUUAACGAUGGUGUUUGUGAUGCUUGGGUCUGGGAUGUUCUCGUUGUAG